GGUGAUUUAAAUUCCCAACAAAUCUAAAAUGGAUUUAACUCUUUAACUAACUUCUAUGAUAGUUAAAUAUUUGUAUCAUGGCUCAGAGUGAUAAAAUUAUGCUCCAUAUUCUGUGUUGUAUAAGUCUUUCAGUCGACCUUGGCUUUAUCUCCUUAGUCUAAUCCAUUCACAUCUUUGCAUGCAGACUCUCUGUCCACUCUGUAUCUAUCACUUUCAUCCAUGAGCCUACAAACAGAGCCUGCAUUCAUGAAUGUGAACAUGUCCAAGUCUGAACACAAAGCUGGCAGCAAGAUGGCAACCCGAGCCACAGGGCCUGGAUCUCCACACAAGGGCCCACCGCGUUUCAAACAGAGAUCCACCCGGCAGUUCAAAAGCAAACCACCCAAGAGAGGCGUCAUUGGAUUUGGUGAUGAAAUUCCUGGAAUGGAAGGCUUGGGAACUGAUAUCACUGUGAUCUGCCCCUGGGAAGCAUUCAGUCAUCUGGAGCUGCAUGAAUUAGCUCAGUAUGGCAUCAUUUGAGAAAAAAAACCCUCCUGUACUACAUAGAGCUCUGUUCCUCUGUCUAGCAGUAAGCGUUGGAUUUCUACAUGACUUGUUCAUAGUUUAGAGGAUAAAAAUGGGAACAAAGGGAAAAACAUAACAAAAACAAUCAUAUAUUAGGAUAUAUAUAUAUAUAUAUUACUAUGCAAAAAUUAGUCAGGGUAGAUAGCCAUAUAGUACAUGUGCACACUCUAUAAAACUCUAGAACCCUAAAGAUUUGUCCAUCUAGGGAAACCCUUAAAGCUUCUUUGUAGAAUCGUACAGUGUUUCCCUAUCAGGUAGGGUUCCAUGUAGAGCAUGCCAAAGACGCUUCAUUUUCCAAAGAACACCUGAGGAGUUCACUCAAGUAAGCACUAUAUUUAAAUAUUUAUUCAUAGUAGGUUUACUGCACUAACUGAUUCUAAACUUUAGCUCUACAGGAUUUAUUCAGCUCUUAUUCUUACUUUUAUCAUCUUUUCUUAAACUCCAGUCAAUUUAUAUAAAGCGUUGCCUUGGUAAGUUCACAAAUGUUGUGUGUAUACAGUCUGAGGGUAAUUAAAAACUUUCACCCUCAAAUGUGAAUAAGCAUUACACACAUAAGUUAUUGUAAUAUUUACUUUCAGUAGGCUACAUUCACAAGUACAAAAAAUAGUUAAGUUUUUUUGGUGCAGUUUCUUUGAACAUUACACCAAACUAAUUUAGCUUAUUUGCUUUGAGUAAAUAUUGAGAUUCUGAACAACAACAAAAUACCUGUGAUGGAAAUAUGUUUCUGGUCAUGUUCUACAUUUUA